UCUUGUCUCAAGGUAUGGGGGGUCAGGAGGAAACGUUUUCUGAUGGCAGAUAAUUCCAUAACUGCCUUCUACAAGGUUCUUGCAUCAUCAUCUGGAUCAGCUGGUACUGGCCACUUCCAGAGAUAGGAAUUGCCAGGCUGGAUCAGACCUGUGCUUCCAUCUAGCCUGGCAUCCUAUGUUCUUAUGUAAGGCCCUCCCUCUUAGUGCCUCAAGGCGUAUUGUGUGGCAGAGCUGGUGUUGCCCAGCGUUCUAGCUCUGUACAGUUUUAUUGAUUUCUUCUAUAUAAAAGAUUAGUGAUCAGGGACCAAGUAAAUAUAAAUACGUAUAUGCCUCCGCCUGGGGAAGAGGCCACUGGGAUAUGGUUCAACUUAUAAUUAGCAGCAUGGGUAAAAUAUAACAUAAUGCACACAUCUUAGUCCUCAGGCCCUCAAGCUGCUGCAUGCUUCUCCUGGGCUCCCAGACAGCUCAGAAUGACUCGCUACAGCCCAGCACCCAGGUUUCCACAAAGCUGCACAUCCUGAUCACUGUGCUGUCAUCUGUGUGCCUCCUGUCUGAAUGUGGGUGUGGGAUUAGUGUGAGUUAGGCUGGAAGCCCAUGGAGCAGGGGCCUUGUGGUGAGUGUGUGAAGCCUGCACUGGGGUCACUCAAGGCCCUGGAUAGGCUGUCAGGGUAACUGACCAUAUUUGGGGGGGGGGGGAGUCAUAGGAGCCCAGGUCUAAAGUUGUCUCUGCAGGCUUUGAGCAGUGAUUGUAACUUAGAAGAAACAGAGGAAAGAGAAGGGUGAAUAAAACCAGGCAUGGUGCAGCUUUCAGGUCCGGAAUGCGGCACUCAGCUAACGCCCUGGGACCUGGGUGCGGUAGGCAGGUACUGUGAGCUCCGCUGCCCGUGAGCGUUUGGCACACCCUGCUGCUGGUGCCUGUUCCGGGUUACUCCAGCGUAUCUCUGGUCCGGACUAAGGAUUGCCCGGUCACCAUGAUCCUGGGUGUGAGUCCCCGACGCUACCUCUUGGUGAUGCUGCUCUGCCUCCUGGGCAUUUCCUGCCAGGUGUGGGCUGGCACGGACGCCUCGCUGCAGCCCGCCGUCACUGCAGCUUCCUUCCUGCAGGAUCUCCUGCACCGGUACGGCGAGAGCGACGUGCUGACCCUGCAGCAGCUCAAGGCCCUGCUAAAUCGCCUCGACGUGGGGGUGGGGCACGAGAACAUCUCCCGAUCGGAGCCGCAGCGCAGGAACCUCUCCCGGUGCUUCAGCUCCUCCGAGCUCUUCACUGCCCACAACCUGAGCGAAGGGUCCCGUGUUGGCCCGAGCAAGUUCCAGGAGUUCUGCCCGACAAUCCUGCAGCAGCUGGAGUCUCAGGCGUGCACGGCAGAGAACCUGGAGAAUGAAGAGAAUGAGCAGACGGAGGAGGGGAAGCCCAGCUCGGUGGAAGAUCUGAUGGGAACUAAAAUGAUGGCAUACACUCCACCCCCAUGGGACGCACGUUGCAGGAGAACUCCCACGGCACAGAACGUAAAUGCAGUCUGGGGUUACGGUUUCCUCUGCGUGACCGUCAUCUCCCUCUGCUCCCUGGUGGGAGCCAGCGUGGUGCCCUUCAUGAAGAAGACCUUUUACAAGCGGCUGCUCCUCUACUUCAUAGCUCUGGCGAUUGGAACUCUCUACUCCAAUGCCCUCUUCCAGCUCAUCCCCGAGGCCUUUGGAUUCAACCCUCAGGAGGAUUAUUAUGUCUCCAAAUCUGCAGUGGUCUUUGGAGGCUUUUACUUGUUCUUCUUCACAGAGAAAAUCCUGAAGAUGCUUCUCAAGCAGAAAGAUCAGCACCAUCAUGGGCACAGCCACUACAGCCCUGAGACCCUCCCCUCCAAGAAGGACCAGGAGGAAGGGGUCACUGAAAAACUGCAGAAUGGGGACAUGGAUCACAUGAUCCCUCACAGAACCGGUGAGCUAGAGUGCAAGAACCCAUCUGUGGAUGAGAAGGUCAUUGUGGGCUCUCUGUCUGUCCAGGACCUGCAGUCUUCCCAAAGUGCGUGCUACUGGCUGAAGGGGGUGCGAUACUCUGACAUUGGCACGCUGGCCUGGAUGAUCACCCUGAGUGACGGGCUCCACAACUUCAUCGACGGCCUGGCCAUCGGUGCCUCCUUCACCGUGUCUGUCUUCCAAGGGAUCAGCACCUCCGUGGCCAUCCUCUGUGAGGAGUUCCCCCACGAGCUGGGUGACUUUGUCAUCCUGCUAAAUGCUGGAAUGACAAUCCAGCAGGCGCUCUUCUUCAACUUCAUCUCGGCCUGCUGCUGCUACCUAGGACUGGCCUUCGGGAUCCUGGCCGGCAGCCACUUCUCUGCCAACUGGAUCUUUGCUCUGGCUGGUGGGAUGUUCCUCUACAUUGCAUUGGCUGAUAUGUUCCCGGAGAUGAAUGAAGUGAGCCAGGAGGACGAACGGAAUGGCAGUGCCUUGAUCGCCUUCGCUAUCCAGAAUGCAGGGCUGCUGACAGGAUUCAUUAUCAUGCUGCUGCUCACCAUGUUCUCGGGCCAGAUCCAGAUAGGGUAGGGAUGGGCCUGGUUUGAUUGGGCUUUCCCACCCGCAAGCAUACGGGCUGACGGCACCUGUAUGAGACAUCAGCGUUGCAAAAGCACUACAGAAAAGAGGCAUUUUUUAAAAACUAUCCCAUAGACUUUGUAUCGUUUAUUUCAGGGGGCUGAUGAAGCUCCUUGCCCUAGAUCUAUAGUGACCCAAGGACCUGUUUCCAGUGUAGCAUCCCUUCCUCUACUCUCCCUGCAUCAAAGGGACUCCUGGGAAGGACGUGUGAGAGGAUCAGGAGAACGGACUCUCUGGCUGCAUCGCUCCCUUCGGAGAGCUUCAACCAUGGACAUUACUUCUCUUCCUUUUCGGGUGGCUGCGGAUGGAGGAUGGAUGUGGUGUUGGUGCUGGAUGGGAGACCACUUUACCAAGGCAGACGCUGUGCUUGAGGCUUGUACUCGUCCAUCCCUCGUACUCAAUCCCUCCAUGGGCAAUGGAAAUAUGAGGCAUAGGAACAGCCAUGGGUCCCAGGACAGCCCCAGUAUUUACAUGCGUUACCUGUAGCCUCCAAUGCUCUGGUUGUGCAGGUAGCCGGUGUUUCUCUUUAGGAUGGGGAGCAUGCCUGCCUUUUGGACCUAAAUAUGCAGUCGAGACCUGUUCAAGAGUGACUCUCUUCAUCCAAAAGCUUCCCUUGCCAGCGUCUCUGCAGUGUGCGCUGGGCUGGAGGAAAGGGGCAGAGUGUGAAAGAGAGAUGAAGAGGUCUGGGAACGUCGCACAGGGAGAGGGAUGAGCAAGACCAUAUCCUGCUGCUGUGCUGGAACGCUCCUUUCCUGGCACAGGUAGUGGAUACUGAACUGGGCAGGCAGCCUUGGUUUCCCGGCCCCCCUGCUCUCCUAGUCACAGCUGUUGCUGCUCUGGUCUCUUCCCUCUUAGCUGCACAGGCAGCACUGAAGAUGCCAGGGCAGGAGAAGUGUUUGACAUGUAGUCAGGCUGGCUUUGGGGUGGGAGUUAUGCUGCUCCUGUAGGGAUUUAAUGAACUAUACAGUUGCAUCUGCUGGUCAGAAUUACUGUAGUGGACGCUUCUGGGUGGCGUCCCAGAACAGGCAAACA